CCUUCGUGAGGCAGAUGAAAAAGACCAGCUCGAAGUGAAGACCGUGAAGCUCUCGAUGGGUAACCAUCCCAACAUGACCCGUGAACACACGGUCAGUAACUGGACCGCCGUGAGGAGAGACGCGGGGUUCGAGGGUCCGGCGCUCGCGCUGCUCACGGUCAUGAUGGUCAUACUGAUUGCUGUGAUUGUGUGUGGAAACGCGUUGGUCAUCGUCGCCUUCAAGAUGGACAAGAGUUUGCGCAAACAGAGCAAUUAUUUCCUGCUAAACCUGGCCAUCUCGGACUUUCUCGUUGGUGCCUUCUGCAUACCGGUGUAUAUGCCCUACAUCUUGACAGGGAAAUGGAUGCUGGGGAAAGGACUUUGCAAGCUGUGGCUGGUCGUAGACUAUCUUCUCUGCACUGCAUCUGUCUUCAACAUCGUACUUAUCAGCUAUGACCGCUAUCUCUCCGUUACAAAAGCUGUAUCUUAUCGUGCCAAACAGGGAAUGACCCACUUUGCAGUGGUGAAGAUAGCAGUGGUAUGGAUUCUGGCCUUCCUCCUCUAUGGACCAGCCAUCUUAUUCUGGGAGCAGCUGACAGGCAAGAGCCACGUGCCUGACGACGAGUGCUUCGCUGAGUUCUACUACACCUGGUACUUUCUGCUCUCUGCUUCAGUGGUCGAGUUUUUCUCACCAUUUUUAUCCGUGGCGUUCUUCAACAUCAGCAUUUACCUCAGCAUCCGUCAGAGGAGACUCGGCAGCAAGAAAGAAUCCUGUUCUCCAAAGUGCCAGGAUGCUACAAAUGUGUACGGUGAGAAAGCACGCAUGAGCGUCCGAAUCUGCUGGAACUCCAUGACGCUCAAGAAGAAAAAUGCAGCAGACGGCGAAAAGCGCUCGGAGACCGACGGUCUGUCGAUGCGGUGUGUCCAGCGUUCACGUCUGAGGCAGGACAAGAAGAUUGCCAAGUCUCUGGCCAUAAUCGUGUGUGUUUUUGCUGUGUGCUGGGCUCCGUACACUCUGUUAAUGAUCGUGCGAGCAGCGUGCAGAGGAGACUGCGUGUCGCAUCACUGGUAUGAGGUGACGUUCUGGCUGCUGUGGCUAAACUCAGCGAUCAACCCGUUCCUGUACCCGCUGUGCCACAGCAGCUUCCGAAGGGCCUUCUUCAAGAUCCUGUGCCCGCGGCAGAGGUCCAACAUACCGCUGACAGCCCAUUCAUCCAGCACACAUAGAUAG